CCACCCUUCCGGCUCCUUUCCCCAUUGGUGAAGCGGGAGCGGGCUGUACCACGCGAGCGGCGCCCCCCGGCGUGGAGCGUGGGCGGAGCUCUGAGGGCAGCGCGGGAGCGGCGGCGCCGGGCGGGGAUGGAGCGCUGCGAUCUGGGCGAGCGGCGGCGCGGGCCCAUCUGGACCCGCAGGGCGGGGGCGGCCGCACCGCGGGGAGUUAUAGUGAACAUUCUUCACAGUGUCCAAGGGUACCAUUCAAAGACAAUACAUUUUCUGAAUGUGGCUUUUGACAAUUCUGGGGAUUCUCUCCUUGCUGGAGACCGCCAAGGGAAUAUAUAUGUUUUUGACCUGAAUGGGAACAGGUUCAACCUUGUUCAGAGAACAAUGCAGGCUUGCACUGCUUUGGCAUUUAAUCUUCGCAGAAAGACAGAGUUCCUCGUGGCUUUGGCAGAUUAUUCUGUUAAGUGCUUUGAUACAGGAACCCAGGAGCUAGUUAGUUGGAUGAGAGGCCAUGAAUCUUCUGUGUCUUCCAUCUCUGUCCAUGGCUCAGGCAAGUAUGCCAUCACUACUUCCACUGAUACAGCUCAACUGUGGGACUUGGACACCUUUCAAAGAAUAAGAAAGCUGAAUGUUCGUCAGUCUGUGGGUAUACAAAAGGUUUUUUUUCUUCCAUUGAGUAACACCAUUCUCAGCUGUUUCAAAGAUAAUUCUGUUUUUGCAUGGGAAUUCGAUACUCUUCACUGUAAAUACCAGUUGUCACCUCCUGUAGAAGGUUCUGUAUUAUUUUAUAAGGUGUUUGCUGUUACCAGGGAUGGUCGGACUUUGGUAGCUGGUGGGAAAUCAAAUCAUCUUCACUUAUGGUGUUUGGAAUUAAAGCAGUUGAUAAGAAUAAUCCAGAUGCCAGAGAAAGUGCGAGCUGUCCGUCACCUGGAAUUCCUCCCUGACAGUUUUGAUGGGGGCUCCAAUCAGGUCCUUGGAGUGUUAAGUCAAGAUAAUAUUAUGAGAUUUAUCAAUAUAGAAACAUGCAAACUUCUUUUUGACAUUGGGAGUCCUGAAGAGGGAAUUAGUACAGCUGUGAUUAGCCCAAAUGGACAAUAUAUUGCCUCAGUAAUGGAAAAUGGAAGCCUUAACAUAUACAGUGUCCAAGCUUUGACUCAAGAAGGAAAUAAGCCUCCACCAUUCACAUUCAAAGUUGUAGAAGAUGGGCCCAAGUACACAUCAGAGGCCAAUAAACUGAUCACAAAAGUGACUUCAGGAAGGUCAAAGGGGCCAUGGAAAUCCAAACAAAGCAAAAUUCAAAGCAGAAUGCUAAAACUGCAAGAAAAUACAUCACUUGAAAAUAAAGAGAAUGAAUUACCAGGUGGAUUAAACAAGAAACGUCUGCAGGCCUUAUUGAAAGGAUUUGGAGAAUAUCCAGCUAAGUACAGGAUGUUUGUUUGGCGUUCCUUAUUACAACUUCCUGAAAACCACUUGGCAUUCAGUAGCCUGAUAGAUAGGGGAAUCCACAGUGCAUUUGUAAAUAUUCAGAAAGAGUAUCCUAUCAAAAGUGGGAAACUGCUGAGAGUUCUACAGAGGACCUUGUCAGCUCUAGCUCACUGGUCUGCUAUCUUUGCUGAGACACCUUACAUACCUUUGCUAGCAUUCCCAUUUGUAAAAUUAUUCCAGAACAACCAGCUGAUCUGCUUUGAAGUUGUUGCUACAGUAGUAGUUAAUUUUUGCCAGCACUGGUUUGAGUAUUUUCCCAAUCCUCCAGUUAAUGUCCUUGGUAUGAUGGAAAAUGUUUUGGCACAUCAUGACAAAGAACUACUUCAGCAUUUAACAAAAUACAAUGUGACUUCACAGGUUUAUGCUUGGCCUCUCCUGGAAACACUAUUAUCUGAGGUUCUAACAAGAGAAGAAUGGCUGAAAGCCUUCGACAAUAUUUUCUCCAACCAUCCUUCAUACUUUCUAAUGAUUGUCGUUGCCUAUGUUAUAUGUUCCAGAGCUCCCUUGCUCCACUGUAAUCAAGCAGCAGAUUUUGAGUAUUUCUUUCAUCAUCGUAACAACGUGGACAUUAAUGUUGUGAUUAAGGAAGCCUAUCAUCUUAUGGAGGCUACACCUCUGGAUAUCCAUCCACAGCAUAUGCUUGAUGACUUCACACCACUUACAAAAGGACAGUACCCUGUGUUUAAUAAAUAUCCCAUGUUCGUUAUGAAUUAUCAAGCUCAGAAAUGGGAGAAGAUCAGACAAGAUGAAAUUGAAUACUUGCAAGAGAGACAAUUAGCACAUGAAUCAGAAGCCAAAGCACAGCAACAGAAAGCAGAAGAUGAAGCCUGGUAUCGAAAGCAGAAAUUACUUCAAGAAGCUGAUGAACAGAGACAAAAAAUUCUACUGGAAGAAGAGAAGUUGGCAGAACAGAGGCAGAGGCUUGCUGUGGUGAAAAGAGAACUGGAAGUAAAGGAACUGCAACUUUUAGAUGCUUCAAGAAGGCGUUUUCUGAACUACCAGCAAGAUCAGCUUCAAACGGAACUAAAACAUCUCAAUGAUGAAAUUGCAAGAAAGGCAUCUAUGAGACAGCAGGAAACAAAUGCUCUCCGAGAUAUAGAACCUGAAUCACAGAAGCAGCUUUUUGAACAGCAUCUAAUCAAAGACCAAGAGGCAGUGACAAAGGAAAUGAAAGAAGAGGUGGAAGCCCGUCGAAGAAAGGUGGAUCUGGAAGACCAACGUGUUCAGAGAUUGAUAGAAAUAGAUAAAGAAAUACAGAAAGCUCAUACAGUGGCUGAAGAAAAUUUAGCCAGAGCUGAGCAGAAGCACACUGACACUGACUGGAGGCUGCAACGGCAGCAGAGACUCAGGCGCGAUGACCAGGACCGGGAGAAGCGCUACAGAGAGAUUGUCAAGCUCCUGCAUGACAACAGGGUGAAAGAAGCUGAACUGCUGAAGGCCUUGAGGGAGACAGAAGAAAAAAAGACAUUUAACAUCAUUGUUGCACAGCAGGAAGAUGUACAGAAUAAAGCCCAACUGGAGGAAGAGCAGAAGGCGGCUGCUGCUGCAGAUGGGCACAGGAAACAGUUCUUAGAUGACAGAAUGAAUGAUGAGUUAGAAUUGGCUGAGAAGCUGCAGAGGGAAGAUGGCUGUUUUGAGAGACUGCAUGGUUUAAAGGCCAGGUGUACAGAGAGAGGGGUGGAAGUCCAGCAGGUGCCAGGGUCUGGAAACAUCUCUCUCCAUGAUUUGUCUACAUUAGCAUCAUCACCACACAAAAAUGUCUUUGCUCCCAGGGAUGGCGCAGGUAAGAAGUGCCUGAAGUGUGUCAUGUUAUGAGAUUGCUCCUAGUAAACCUCAGCCUAGUUUAGUUGCAUUCUGACCUGAUCAUCUUGCCAAUGGUUUUCCUGUCUUUAUAGCUGUUUAUGAUUUGGGAAUGUUGAGAGGCUGUAGAGCUGUCUUUCAUCAAAAUCUGACUGGGAGUUACAGUCAAGAAUAAGUCUAAUUUCCUCUGAUCUGUCCUAGCUACUCUGGCAGUGAAAGCAGUUUCAAUUCCAGUGCACCUUAUGUACAAAAGUCUGCAGGCAAUGGGAACCUCUGGACCUGCUGUAGCCCCCAUUAGCAUCUGACCUGGUAGCCAACAGAGGCACUGCUUUCAAAUAACUUGCUCUUGCCAGUCUGAGGACUGCCUCACAUCCAGUGGUACUGAAAACCAGCAUUUCUCUGCCAGAGAUGUCUGUUUUCCAGCAGGCAUUUGUAGUGUUUAUGGAAAGCCACUAGUUGCAGUGU